GCCAGGCAGGAGCCUGGGAAGGGACUGCCCGCAGGGAGGGUGUGGCCAGGCCUCACACCCUCCCUCCUCCAGGCUGCCCCUGGUGACAGGGCAGGAACCCGCUGAGUUCUCUGCAUGGGGCCCCCAGUGCCAGGAGGCUGGAGCUGGGAGCUAGAGGCCAGAGACAUGAACAAAAUCUUCCCCCAGGGAGAUGGCAAUGGCAAUGCUGCUGCUGGAACCAAAGCCCUCCCUGGAGGUGAAGGCUUUGGCUCCCUCUGUUGCUCACGCCGAGGUGCCUGCCUCUCAGCCUUCUUGCUCCUGCUUCUGGUGACUCUCGCAGCCCUGAUCGCCCUGGUCACCAUCCUUGGACUCCCCCCGCGCACACCAGGGGUCCAGACCUGUGUGACACUGAUGAACAGGACAGGCUUCCUGUGCCACGACCGGAGGAGCUGCGUCCCAGCCAGCAGGGUCUGUGACGGCGUCCGCACCUGUGCCCAGGGUGAGGAUGAGGACGAGGCCAUGUGCCGGGAUGUGCCCCAGAGCCUCCCCAGCUUCCUCGUGGCCCGCUGUGGAGACCCGUCUUCCUGGAUCUACUCGGACCAAAAGUGUGAUGGCAUUAACAACUGCGGGGACUGCUCAGAUGAACUGAGCCCAGUGACUUCAUGCCCACCCUGUGGCCCCGGCUGGUGGCGCUGCCCCUCCACUGUCUUCAAGUACUGUGACUGCAUCCCGAGGGUCCUGUGCCGUGACCACACGCAGCACUGCUCCGACUGGUCUGAUGAAUACUCCUGUCCUGGACCCUGAGGGGGCCACCCGGGCCAGGCUGGGAGGCUGGCUGGAACGGCACUCAUAACCCUUCACACGAGCAUCACAUCCAAGAACGCGAGGGCAGGAAGGAGGCUACAAGAUCAUCUAGUGGGAUCCAUGCACCACUGCCUGUGAACAAGAAUCCCCUCUCCUGGGGGCGCCUGGGUGGCUCAGUCGAUUAAAUCUCAAACUCCUGA